GCUCAACUGGGAAAAUCACUGGCGUCACUGCUCAUUGCUCAUCUCUGACUCUGAGCAAAACCAAUGGAAACAGGUAAGGAGGCGGGUACCGGUAUCGCCUCCGACGGCAAGUCUUCUGCUGUGAAAGGCGGAAAGACGGUGGAAGAAUGCCAAGGCAUGAUCCAAAAGAGCCUUAGAACUCCAAUGGUGAAGUUUUUGAGGGAGCAUAUGGAGAAAGCUGGUUGCGGCGUUGGUGAGAAAUUCUUUAAGGCUAUACACUGCGAUCAGAGCGUCGGUGGCGGUUAUGUUCCCGGCGAAGGGGUAGUUGUAUGUAGCAACCACAUGAACAUUCAAGAUGAGGUAAACCAAGUGGUCAUCCACGCACUCAUUCAUGCAUAUGAUGACUGUCGUGCAAAUAUAGACUGGACUGAUUGCGCCCAUCUUGCUUGCAGUAAGAUUAGAGCAAACCAUCUGAGCGGUGAUUGUCAUUACAAGAGGGAGUUCCUUCGAGGCAACUUAAAGAUAAGGGGUCAUGAACAAGAGUGUGUGAAGCGACGAGUGAUAAAGGAACUGACUCCUCACUUCUCGGAAACUGCUGCCAGAGAUGCCAUGGAAGCUGUCUGGGAGACAUGCUACAACGAUACUAAGCCCUUCGACAGAGCUCCUUAAAGGCGCAGUACUUGCAGAAUCGAAGGGGCAUUUUUUGUAAGCUGGUGAAGAAUGGAGAGCAUCAAUAUUCAAUACACAAAAUUGCAUUCUUUUUUUUCAUUCCAUUUUCUCUUGUGUCUAACUUAUCACAUGAAUUUGUAUUGCGGAGUAGUAUUUUUCUUUAGGUAAUUGCUAACCAGCUCAAACUGAGAAGGCCAAUAGUUAUCGAGCCAAUUGUCUGGCCAGACUGGUUUGAACUUAGAGCACAGUGGUUACCGAGCCAAUUGUGUGAUCAACCGAGCUCAUACUUUUAUUUACUAUGUGUACAAUAAGAAAUGUAACUCUUUUUGGAGCUCAA